AUGCUCGCCGUUGCCCUGCACCGCGGCGUGCUUGCGAGGCGCCUCGGUCUGCGCACCCUGGCCACGUCGCGGGUGGUGUGGUCGCGCCCCCCGCCCGUCAAGCUGUCGGAAGACAUUGUGACUGUCCCCAACCUGUUGACCAUGUCGCGCAUGGCCCUGUGUCCUGCGAUUGGAUGGGCCGUCAUGACGCACCAGUCGCCCCUGGCGCUGGGCCUCUUGGGCGUCGCGGGCUGCACGGACCUGCUGGACGGAUGGAUCGCGCGGCGCUACGGCACCCAGACGGUGUUUGGCAGCAUUGCCGAUCCCGCCGCCGACAAGCUGCUGAUGGGCACGAUGGUCGUGUCACUCGGCCUGGGCGGUGCGAUGCCGUGGCCGCUCGUGGGCCUCAUUCUCGGCCGCGACGUGUUUCUCGUGGGACUCGCGUUCGUGAUGCGGUACCGCUCGCUCGCGCCGCCCCGCACGCUCGCGCGCUACUUCAAUCCGCGCCUGCCCAGCGUCCAUGUGACGCCCACGCGCAUCAGCAAGGGCAAUACGUUUCUGCAGCUCGUGCUGGUCGGCGUGCUCACGCUCCUGCCGCUACUGCCCGAGUCCGUGCAAACGCAUCCACACACGACGCGCGCCGUUCGCGUGCUCGAAGGCAUCGUCGCGGGCACGACGCUCUGGACGGGCAUCGACUACGCUAUCAGUCGACGCUCCAUACGGUUCUUGCAUGUAACAUAG